UGACGCUCCUAUCGCGAGGUUAUCACAUUAGCUUCGUUAGUUAGCUAGCCGCAAAAAAAGCUUCACCGUGUGUCUGCUGUUUUACAGCCUUUUUAUUCUUAUUAAAGCACUGAAAGGACUGCGCAUUGCUUACUGAAUAGUGACUUCUCACGCCUGCAAGAGAGGAUAGUCGCCGGACCUUGUGUUUGCUCGGAUCCCAAUGAUGAGUUAUGCUGAAAAGCCAGAGGACAUCACAAAAGAAGAGUGGAUGGACAAGUUAAACAAUGUUCACAUACAGAGGGCGGAUAUGAAUCGGCUCAUUAUGAAUUACCUGGUGACAGAGGGCUUCAAAGAGGCAGCGGAGAAGUUUCGGAUGGAGUCCGGUAUCGAGCCCAGUGUGGACCUGGACUCUUUGGAUGAGAGGAUAAAGAUUAGAGAGAUGAUCCUGAAGGGUCAGAUACAGGAAGCUAUUGCACUCAUCAACAGCCUACAUCCAGAGCUGCUGGACACCAAUCGAUACUUGUAUUUUCAUCUGCAGCAGCAACAUUUGAUUGAGUUAAUCAGGCUAAGAGAGACUGAGUCAGCACUGGAGUUCGCUCAGACACAGCUGGCAGAGCAGGGGGAGGAGAGCCGAGAGUGUCUGACAGAGAUGGAGCGAACACUAGCCCUCCUGGCCUUUGACAACCCAGAAGAGUCGCCCUUUGGAGACCUGCUUAACAUGAUGCAGAGGCAAAAGGUGUGGAGUGAGGUGAACCAAGCUGUGCUGGACUAUGAAAACAGGGAGUCCACACCCAAACUGGCUAAACUCCUGAAGCUACUGCUGUGGGCUCAGAACGAGCUGGACCAGAAGAAGGUGAAAUAUCCCAAAAUGACUGACCUUAGCACGGGAACCAUUGAGGACCCCAAGUGAAUAUAAGAGACGAGAACAGCCACCUCCCACGUCCCCUUAAUUUAUGAUCAGUCAGUGACUGUGUGACAACCAGGUAACAUAUAUGUAUAAACAAAUGCUACGUUGUUUAUUUGUUUGUUUGUUUCUUAUUUUCAUGUUUCAGUCAUGAGAUGUAACUUAACUCAUUGUGCAAACUGUAAAUUGCUGUAUUUGCAAAGUGACAAAUUAUUUAGUUUGAAUACUGAUCCUGGAUUUUUAGAUAAAUCUCGGAUACGACAAAGUUCAAAUUGCUGUUUUAUAUUUUGUCUUUUUAAAGCCUAUGCUGAUAGUAUUAUUUAUCAUCACCAUUUUCCCUACCGAGACUUUAUUUUGCCAGAAAGAGAGUCGAUGGUGUAAAUGAACAAUGUUAAUGCUGUGUGGGGCCAAAAUCUCGGCUCCCUUGGAUGGAGGGGAGCACAGCUGAAACUGGAGAGAGUGUUUCAAAUCAGAAAUGUGUUUAAAAUCUGAAUUUCAUAAACAGAAAUGUGACUAUUUUUCAAAUAAACUCAAAACUACACUUUAUUAAUGUAGUAUAAUGUUAAUUAAUGUAAUAUUUUAUCAUUUUAUUUACUAAGAUGUUUGGUAACUUGAUAUAAAAUCAGCCACAUGCUUUUUACACUUUAAAAUUUGAUUGAACCCCUGCGGGAUGAACUGCCUUGUAAAUCCUUUGUUACACUUGUGUUUGAGGACAUGGAAGAAGUCCAGACUGGUGGGUUGAAAUUGCAGAGGGUUUUCUCAAAGAGCUGAGGCCUUUUCCGAGCUCUAUGGUGUGCACUGCCUUCGACGUGCUCCAAAUGGUUACAUUUGGUUUUAUGUUGCAGUGACUGGGGUUGUGUUUAUGUUGAUGGAUGCAGGAUUUAUGACGCUGCUGGAGGGGAAGGGCUCCUUCAACAAUCAAAACAAUUAAUUCGCCAGUAUGUCUGCUGUCCAAGUCAAACUAACAUUUAAAAUUCAUUCAGACUGGAGCAGAUUAGUUCAUUGGCUUUGUUUUGGCUAAUUAAGUAAUAAUCUAAAGCAUGUUAAGAAAAACAAAAAACAGAUAUUUCAAAGACUGCUGUCAUUUAUCCACUUUUUAAAACUGUUAGUAUUUUCACUUUACCUGCAUGUAAAUGGGGGAAAGGCACCCGUGCUUGUUCAUUUUGUUUGGUUUGUUUACUUUUAUAAAACAAACUUGCUGCUAGUUGUCCAUCCUUAAUUUCUUUUAAGGUUGCAUUGUCUCUAUAGAUAUUGGCUUUUAUUAUUCCACAUUUUUAAGAUCAGAUUUGCAGUUAUUAAAUAAAACUUUUGUGAACCAUAAAA